AUGGAACAGCAGGAAAGCGAGCCCGAAGCUGAACACGUAGCUCUCACCCUUCGAAAGCACGUUCUCGAUGUACUUCACAACGUGCUCAAACGGGAGUACAUGCACGUUCAUACCGAUGAACCACUUGGAGCAGAAGGUCUCGGGCACCAGGAGGCCCUCCAGAUGAUUGUAAAGCUUCUCGUUACGCUCCUUCAGCAGCCUCAUGAGCACCCGGGAGUCACGCACGUAGGCCUCGGGAGUGCACGAAAAAUACCCACGAAGCUGGUUCUCAUGGAGGUGUACUACCACACGAACAACGUCGGUGGCGGGCAAGAAGAGGGACAAGAAGGCAAUCACGAACCCCUCGCCCUGGUGGUAGUCGCCGACGUGGGUGAAUACCAGCUUCAAGUUUCGGCACAAAACCUCGCGGUGCUCCUCAGAAAUGAACGUGCGCUCGGCAUCCAGGCGGAAUAUCCUCUCGUUUUCCUCAGUCACCUCGAAACGGGGUUCUGCCGGCCACGGCAGCGCGGGGGAACUGGGCGGGGAGCUCCACAGAUUACAGGCGCUCAUCAACGUGCAGACAUAAUUCAUAAUAGAGCUCAAAAUGUCAUCUCCGCCGGCGCAAUCGCCGCCGCCGAGCAGCGCCUCGACCUUCGGGCGCAGCGACAGCAGCUCAUCCGCAGAGUGCAGGCCGCUGCGGUUAAACAGCGAAGACUUGCGUUCCUCCUCCCACAAUUUUGA